GGUCAUGUUAGUGAAAAUAAGCUCCCCAUGUUUCCGAACUUGACCCGUUUGGAGAUUCAAAUUGAACAUAGUAUGUUCCAGAUGCUGAAUUGUGCUCCUAAUCUAACACAUUUAACUGUGGAUGUGAAUCGCUCAUUAAAGGAUAACGCUCUCCCAUUUCCGUCUGAAAUAGUGCCUCUGUGUAUUUCAUCCAUUCCAAAUAUUGAGAUUCGAAGCUUCUGUGGUUUCGAAGAUGACACAAAACUGGUAAUGUACAUUUUGAAAAAUGCAAUGUUGUUAAAGGAGUUGAAAAUAUACAUGCAUCGCGUGAGUUUGAAACGUGAAAGGGAUGCAUACAAGAAGCUACUAAGUUUUCCCAGGGUCUCCUUUUGCGAAGUUAUUAUUUGUUCAUCUUGUGAACCAGAAACAUUACCUCUUGACUUCCCUGUGAUCCCUUACUCUUAUGAAUAAUCUCGGUACGUAGAAUAGUUAACUCGAAUGUACUCAUUUUGGAGGGAACUUUAAUGUUUAUGAAUAUGAUUGAAGACAAUAUACUUUCUGUACAUCUGCUUGCUACAACUUUAGUUUUUAUGUUCCUUAAAAAUCUAUUCUUAUUUCAGCAUUGAUGCAUUUUACGGAUGUAAUCUUCAUUACAUUAAACCCCUAACCAUCUAUUUGAAAAA